ACUAAACUCUUAAGACUCAGCAGCACCACGUUAAUAUCAUUCUCCUUAUAAAGACCAAUACAAUUCGCAAACUUUCUGGAUCCACGAUCUUUCUUCUCUUCUUCCUUCGCUUUUUACUGGUUGUUGCGUUGUCCUAAUGGCCUUCUUCAGAAGCGUUUCUGCACUUUCUCGGCUUCGCUCUCGUAUGGGUCAGCAAUCUAAUGUCACCAAUUCGGUUAGAUGGCUCCAGACUCCGACCUCCGGUAACAAUGAUCUUUAUUCUGAGUUGAAGGAAUUAGUUCCAGAAUAUCAGGAACGUGUUAAGAAGCUCAAGAAAGAUCAUGGAAAUGUUGAAUUGGGGAAAAUCACUGUUGAUAUGGUGCUUGGUGGAAUGAGAGGAAUGACGGCUUUAGUGUGGCUAGGCUCAGCUGUUGACCCAGAUGAGGGAAUUCGCUUUCGGGGCAUGUCAAUUCCUGAAUGCCAGAAGAAACUUCCAGGUGCUUUUCCUGGUGGGGAGCCUUUGCCUGAGGCUAUACUGUGGCUUCUAUUGACAGGAAAGAUACCAAGCAAAGAGCAAGUAGAUUCAUUAGCCCAAGAAUUGAGAAGUCGUGCAACUAUCCCAGAUUAUGCUUAUAAGGCAAUUGAUGCAUUACCUGUUUCUGCUCAUCCGAUGACUCAAUUUACAACUGGUGUCAUGGCCCUUCAGGUGCAGAGUGAGUUUCAGAAGGCAUAUGAGGGUGGGAUAGCUAAGGCAAGGUACUGGGAGCCAACUUAUGAGGAUAGCUUGAAUUUAAUUGCUCGUUUGCCAGCCAUUGCUGCUUAUAUUUAUCGACGGAAAUACAAAGAUGGAAAAAUCAUACCAUUGGAUGAUUCUUUGGAUUAUGGUGCAAACUAUGCUCACAUGUUAGGAUUUGAUGAUCCAGAAAUGCUGGAGUUUAUGAGGCUGUAUAUUUCCAUCCAUAGUGAUCAUGAAGGUGGCAAUGUUAGUUCACACACAGCUCACCUAGUUGCUAGUCCACUAUCAGAUCCUUACCUUGCAUUUGCAGCUGCUUUGAAUGGUUUAGCUGGGCCCCUGCAUGGUUUGGCCAAUCAGGAGGUUCUACGAUGGAUCAGGUCGAUUGUUGCAGAGUUUGGAACUCCAAACAUAAGCACUGAACAAUUGUCUGACUACAUUCAUAAAACAUUGAAUAGUGGUCAGGUUGUGCCUGGAUAUGGACAUGGGGUUUUGCGCAAGACAGAUCCAAGAUACACAUGCCAGAGGGAGUUUGCUUUGAAGCAUUUGCCUAAUGAUCCACUUUUCCAGCUGGUGUCAAAAAUAAAAGAGGUUGUGCCUCCCAUUCUUACCAAGUUAGGCAAGGUUAAAAAUCCAUGGCCUAAUGUUGAUGCUCACAGUGGAGUGCUACUGAACUACUACGGUCUAACUGAGGAAAACUAUUAUACUGUUCUCUUUGGUGUAGCUAGGAGUAUUGGAGUUGGUCCUCAGUUAAUUUGGGACCGGGCUCUCGGAAUGCCCCUCGAAAGGCCCAAAAGUGUCACGCUGGAGAAACUCGAGCAAUUGUGCGCCAAAUCGUCCUGAAAUUCAAAGCACCAUUUCUGUGUUAAUAAUUGUUAAAAUGCGCAUUGGGAUGUUACUGUGGUGGGUUGAAUUGAAAAAUCGAUAUGAUUGCAUUGAGAAAUAUUCAUUACCCUCGCCCUCCCCUUCUCCGGCCGUUUCUGUUUUAGAAGAUUUUGAUAUAGUUAAAAGGGUAGUUUAUCACCCUCAGUUGUCUUUCCACUUUUUCCAAACUGCAUAAAUUAGGUUUGAGGGAGAAUCUAGAAUAAAGGCAUUAUUGUUUUGGGGUUAUCCUCUUGUACUCUUUCUAAAUGAGAAUUACCCCAUUUGGUUAAUGAUCAAUAAUAUUAAUUAAUAACAUAUUUACUUGGAGUGGUUACGUAUAGAUAAAUUCUAGCUUUCUCUUAAAAUAAAGAAAGAAACAACUCUGGCUCAUCUUGUCUGACAAUUUCUGUAAUGUGGAUUUAGUUUGAUUGGGACAUGGAUCCUCUUUUAGUAAUUGUUAUUAAGAUGUCAUGUUUGGAAAAUGAUAAUAAAAAUUUUAGUGGGAUUUCUAUCAUUGUCUACAGAGUUUUUUUAAUUUCAUUUGUGUUUUCUCUUGUAAAAUUGACAUUGUUAUAUAUUUUAAAAGAAAAAAAAAUUGAU